CGGCGGCGCGGGCGCCGCCCGCGCACCCCCAGAGGUCCGCGCUGCGGCGGCUCGCCAGCGGGGCCGGACGCCUGCUGCGCGGCGGCGCGGCGGCGACGGGCGGUCUCGCGUGGCUCCCGGAGGACCUGUCGCGGCUGGUGGCCGACUUCGCCUGCGAGAGCAUCACGGACCUGCUCUCGGUCGCGCUGGUGGACCGGGCCUGCCAGUCCGCCGCCCGCCUGCGCCUGUCGCUGGAGCUGCGCUGCCUGGGCGCCGGCAUCCCCGGGGGCCUGCCUGGCCUGCUGUCCCCGCAGACGGCGCAGCAGUUCGUGGCGCUCCCCGAGGUGCGGCUCGGCGGCCCUCCGGGGAGGUGCCGCGGGCCGCCCGAUACCGCGGCCUUCGCGCCAUUUGCGGGGGAGGAGGCGCUGCUCCACUGUCGCGACUGCAGCAUGCCCCUGCUCAAGGUGAACGACAUCGUCUCUGCCAGCUACCGCAUCAUGCGGGCCAAGGCGACGGGCCAGCAGAAGUGGUCUCCGGGCGACCGCUUGGGGGAUGCGAUGGUCUGGCAUAAGAACAUGAAGCUCGUCGGUGGAAACUGCGAGAUCUUUAAUGGCGAGCGGGUUUACGUCGGCGUCUCGAUGGCUGCGGGAGCCAUCGAGCACGUGAACUAG